CCUUGCAACAUAGUGAGGCGAAAGGUCAAGCCAUAAAUGCUGGAAGAGGGAGACAAGGAAACAUUGAGAGAGAACGAGGGGGGUUUUACCCGUGCGAACAGAAUUCAGGUAGUCAUGCAGGUCGGCAGGUCAAAGGACAUGUGCCAGGACAACAGCUCAAACUGCCUAGCAGACACAGCACCAGAAGCCGAGGCAGAACCAGCCCAAGUCACAGCCACAGCCACAGCAGCACCAGACGAAGAGGCAGAACCAGAGCCAGAACCAGAAGCAGAACCAGUACCAAAUCCACGUCGUCGUCGCGCUCUGAUCCGUAGCGCGGAUCCCCACAGGCUCAAUCAAUUUAAACAGAAACUCCUUGAAAUGGAGAGCCAACAGCAGCAGCGCAACAAUCGUCGUGGCGCCCGUCCCAGUGUGGGAUAUCUGCUGUUCCAGUACCAGAGCGAGCUGACCCGCCGCCAUGCGGAGCCCACGCGGCUCUCCCGCACCAAGAUCCACAUCAUUGAUGGCCUGGUGUCCCACACCAUACGACACCUGAAGAACUGCAGCGUGGAGGAGCUGCAGGCCUGCAAGCGGGAGCUGGUCUACAAGGAGCAGCUCCGGGAUCAGCUCAAGUGGAGCAUGAAGAGGCGCCGCAUGGCCACCACCAGAAGCAGCAGCGGCAGCAGGGCCAGCAGGGACAGCUCCCCAGCUCCGAUGGCAAAGUCCCCAAGGACACCGCCCAAGCCGCGUCCCCAAGGCGAGGACCAGACCUCAAAGGUGUCCCUCUUUGGACCCGAGAUCUUUGUCUAG